CAAGUAGAAAAAACAGUGAAACGAGAGAAUAAAAUUACAUUUUGUGUAAAAAAAAUGGGAUACACAGGGACAGUGUGUGCAAACCAGCUUCAGCAAACAACAUGUGCAUGUUUUUCCUUAUUUUUUUUUAUCAGAUUUGGAUUACCCUUUUCGUCCUUGCUUGCUGUGUCCUCUGCGACAGCUGUCAUCUCAUCCUGUUGCGCUGCGCUUUCUUCUUCUUUGCAGGCUUCAUUUUUAUCUUCUGUGUCCUUUACACCAAGAGCCUGAAUGCCCUCUCGCAGGGACGAAUCUGUUGCCUCAGUCUGCAUCCUUCAAUGCAAUUUAAAAAUCUGGGGAAUAAGACGACAAUUAAGAUAAGUUAGAGUAAUAGGUUUUGUAGCUAUAAGUACCAUACAUGUAGUGUUACACAUUAGCAGAUCGGUGGCUUUACAUUCAAAAGACUAAACGAACAUUAAUUAAUAUACUGUAAUUUGACUAGCUAAAGUCAGGCCAUCGUGUUAUGAACUAAGUGUCACACAUAAACGCUAGCUCACUAUUACGUCAUUAUUACCGAAUGUAUGUCGUUCUUGCUGUAGACAGCGUGCUCGUCGCUGAAAUGUUGAGUAAAGUUAUGUCCCCCGGUGAAUUAAAUGACUGAAACUCUCCAUGAGGCUAGCUUGGGAUAAUUAAACGACAACACAUUGGUAAACAUAGCGCCAUUUUGACCGAAUAAGCCACCCGCGUGCGUCUCUGACUAAACGUCAUGUGGAUUAUAUCAAAUGUGGCGAAAAUACUGCAGCAGUUCGUAAAGGGUGUGUUUUGAGAUCUACUUCAGGCGCCACUUCCGGUGUGGCCGAUCUGGGAAUCAGGCCGGAAUACACUUUAUUUAAUUAUGUAAUUUUUUUUAAUUUUAAGAUGUACUACAAGACACAUUCAUACUUACUACUGUAUUUCAUGCAUGUGUAUAUUUUAUAUAAAAAUCGUGGUGUCAUAGGAGCCUAGGCUUUGGCGUGUUCUGAUUGGCUGGUUAUUAUUUCCGGUUUCGUGGCCCCUAGUUUGAAAAUUUUUCGGUUCGAAGUUCCUAGGUCCUGCUCGCCAUUGUUAUAAAAUAGAAUAUCGGGCCAACGUAAGAUUACUGAAGGCGAAAUUAGGACAUUACCAACUAUAUUUUUGCAGGUAUUCUGUGUAGAACAAAGGACAGGUGAAGGGCCAAACCAUGGCUCAGCGUGUAACAGUAUCAGAUAAUGGAAGCAAGAAAGCCUCGCGGGUAAGAGUUGCUGUUCGUCUGCGGCCUUAUAUGGGCAAACAAGAUGAGAAAGGCGAGGGGCCUUGUGUGAGAGGGCUGGAUUCACAGAAUCUAGAGAUUAUCAACUGGAGGAAUGCCACUGAAACUGUGAAAUAUCACUUUGAUGUGUUUCACGGUGAGCAAGCGACGCAACAAGAGGUGUUCCUCUCAUCGGUGAAGCCCAUUCUGCCGCACAUUCUGAGGGGGCAGAAUGUCAGUGUCUUUGCCUACGGGCCAACAGGAGCUGGCAAGACACACACCAUGAUGGGGACUUCAGAGCAUCCUGGCAUGAUUCCUCGUGCCGUUGGUGAAGUCUUCCAUUUGGUCAAUGGUCAGAAUGAGAACGAGGGAUGGGACUACGCUGUUGGCAUGUCUUAUUUAGAGAUUUACAACGAAAAGGUGCUAGAUCUUUUGUCACCAAGUUCCCAGGAUUUGCCCAUAAGAGAGGACAAGGACAAGAACAUCCUCAUACCCGGCCUCACUCACACGACAAUCUCGUCCUUUUCGGAUUUCGACCGCCAGUUUGUUCCGGCCAGUCUCAAUCGUACCACAGCGUCGACCAAAUUGAACCAGCGCUCCAGCCGCAGCCAUGCUGUCCUCCUCAUAAAGGUGGUGAGGACUCAACACGCCCUGGCUCACCGCCAACAAACGGGCAAGCUCUACCUGGUGGACCUGGCUGGCUCCGAGGACAACCGUCGCACCGGCAACCAGGGCAUCCGCCUGAAAGAAAGCGGCGCUAUCAACCUGUCGCUCUUCACUCUCAACAAAGUGGUGGACUCCCUCAACUCAGGCGCGUCUGUGCGUGUGCCCUACAGAGAUAGUAAACUGACACGCCUACUUCAGGACUCCCUGGGGGGCUCGGCGCACUCGGUCAUGAUCACCAACAUCGCCCCCGAGUACAAGUACUAUUUCGAUACCUUCAGCACGCUUAACUUUGCAGCCAAGUCCAAGCUCAUCGUAAACAAGCCCUUCACGUGUGAAACUGUGGCUGUGCAGUCGGUGAAGCGGGCAAGAGAGGAGCACGAGGUAGGGGGCUCUGGCACCAUGCCCCACAAGAAGAAGCACAGGGAAGAGAAGAAAACUGAGCAGGAUGCCUCCUCCGCUUCAGCUCAUCUCCACAGUCUGUCAGAGCCAUCAGUGAUGGACAGGUUGAUUGCUCUGGAGAAGCUAAUGAUGAGCUGCCAGGACAAAGACAGUGUCAAUAUGUUAAAGCAUGUGGCCCAGUCUCGCAAGGAGAUCCAGGAGCUCAAAGAAAAGCAGAAGGAGUUCGAGAGCAAGGCCAUGAUGUUGAGUCAGCUGGCGCAGGAAAAGUCCACAAGUCGGGAGGCAGAUUUCAGGAGGAACGAGGCUCCUCUGCAGCAAAAACCAACCACUGUCGCAAAGGUCAAUAAGAAGCAGGCCGUCGUGCAACCCCUGCAGGUGUCUCAGCUCCAGCCUCUAAAUCAGCUCGCAGUGGUCAGGAAACAAUCCGUCUGCAUCAAGAAAGUGGGCAAGAUGCUCCCAGAUCACGUGGAGCUCCCGGAUGAUAAAGAAAACAUGCUGAAGGCCUGGGAAUCUCAGCUGGACACAUGCAUCCUGGAAGAGUCCAGACAGAAGAUACUGCAGAUCCUCAACACAGGCUCCCUCAAAGAGCUGAAAGGCCUGCAGCAGAUCGGCGACAAGAAGGCCAAGCUCAUCCUGGGCUGGAGGGAGAUCCACGGCAUCUUCUACAAGCUGGAAGAUCUAUGUAAAGUGGAAGGUAUGACAGAAAAGAGAUUUUCCUCCUUUAUGAAGGCAAACAUCUUGAGUGCGAUUGGAAAGUGAUUUUUUUUUUCUUUUAUCCCGCCCAUGUAAAUAACCUAAAAAAUGUUUUUUCACUAUCUAAGAUAAGCUUUUUGUUUGUUUGUUUUGUUGUUGUAGUAACCCAUGUACUCCAGAAGAUGGUGCUUCCCUCUUCUUUUUUUCAUUAAACACCUCACGUCCUUGACUCUUUGUUUUAAUGAGAUGCAUCGUUACACAACCACCACCUUGCUAGUUUUGACACACUUGCCACUUUAGUUGAUGUUUUCAGAAGUGGAUUUUUGGUAGAGGUUGCCGUGGAUCUUCCCUCCACUAUCCACCCUUUUCUCUUAAUUCAAAUAAUAAUAUGAUAUAAAUUAUGGAUAUUGCUGAUUCCUGAAUCACUUAUCUAAUUAUUGCUAAUUUGACAAAUUUGGGUCGAAAUAUAUUAUUGAUGGGUGGAUAUGACUACUCUACAAAUUGGAGGCGUUUUCAGCCAUUUUCUGGGCUUUUAAAAAUGUUACAAGGAUGAGAUGUUGACGAUAAUUACGCCUGUAUGUCAUAUAAUCAUGUUUGCUUAAGUUUUAUGAUCAGUUAUACGAUCAAAGGGGGUAAAUGUCAUGAAAAUCUUAUAUUUUAGCAUUUAGGCUAUUUGAUUUGAACAAAUACAGUAUUUCUGCUAAUCUACAUAUCAGACUGAUUAGCUAGAAGAACAAACUAUGCUUUGUUAUGACGAUUUGUUUGUAUAACUAUGGUUCUGUCCUGUCCCUAUACAGUGUAUAUGAUUUUGUGUGUGUGUGUGUGUGUGUGUGUGUGUGUGUGUGUAUAUAUAUAUAUAUAUAUAUAUA